AGUUACUAGAGGAGCUGUGGCUGGGCAGAGGGAACCCAGGAACCUCCCUGGACCCUUAGCCCGCAAAGCUGCCCAUACUGUGUGUUCAGGCUUGUGUACAAGAGACACAGGGCAUCUUCGGACUGAGAGAAUUAUCUAGAAUGGAGAAGGACGACCCCACACACUUGGUGACUCCCACUUCAGUGAAGGCUAUUAUCACAAAGAUUGAGACUGCCCAGCUAAUUCGGACUCAGGAGGAUAUCUCGGCCCAGCUCUCAGACAUCUUGGACAAUGUCAACUGUGCCAUCAAUCACUUCCAGGAAGAACUGGGAUAUGAUUUAAAGGAAAAGGUGAGGCCUCACCAGCCGGAGCAGAAAGGCAGGAAGAGAUUCAUCCUGCUGGAGAAAAUUGCUUCCUUCUCUAAAGAUGCCAUAGCUAAAGAGAAGCACCUGUAUGAAAUCCUCCACUGGCUGGGAGAAUGGGGUGACAGUCUGACUUAUGAGAUAAAGAACGGGAGGAGUUCGGAGGAGGACGAAGCCCUGGACGAAUGGAUCGAGGUGAUGGAGAAGGUGUUGCCUCUCUCCCUCAUGACCACCAAAGGAGGCAUCGAGUCUCUUAUCUCUCUUUGCUCGACUCUCAUUGAAGACCAAAAGAAAAGGACACACAUGUACAAACAUAACUUCUGGAGGGACUGGCACGAGAAAAGCCCACAGAAGGAGGAGCACCGACUCCGCCCCGAGCCACCCAGCCCGGAGCAGAUGCUCCAGGACAGGAACACCACCCGCUUGAAAGUCUCGGAGGUGAGGUCUAUGCUGCAGGAGCUCCUUGACUCCACUCUGUUCAACAAAGGGGAGGUCAGAGCCAUCAGGUACAUGUCCGCCGUGGUGGAGAACCUCAACAAGGCCCUGGUCCUCCAGCACAAGGAGAACAGGACUCUGGAGACCAAGUACAAACACCUGCAGGUGGAGAUGAACAAAGAGCUCAGCACCCAGAGGCUGCACUUCCAAAAAUCCAUCCAAGUCCUCGAGAGCAAAAGGGAUGCGCUGCUAAACCAGGUAAAGGUACUAGGGGAUAAGUACCACAAUCUCCUCAUGAUAAAGCAUGCCCUGGAGUUCCAGCUGAAGAUGGUUCAGACCAACCCAGAAGAGCCGAUCGUGAGUUUUCUUGAUGGUAUAGAACUCCAUGAAAAAGAGACCCUUCCAGAGGUGGGUACAGCCCUGAGGAAGAAACAGCAGGAGUCCAAGAAGGAAGGAUGGGGGCUUUCAACUCUCUCCCCAUGUCUCCUGACCAAGGCCUGGGACAGUGGCACUACACCUGCAGCACAAAAGCCACCCUCCGGCGUAGCUGGGGAUUCGAGGACUGAAGACGCUGACCACUCUGAGUCCCUGGAGCCUGUGCUGCUGCACUCGGAGGUCCCCCAGAUUCCCAUGCAGUGGGAAAAACUGGUGGAAAAGGAAGGCAAAGACCAGGGGGACCACAUCCAGGGGAAGGAGGGAGUCCAAAGCAAAUCCCUUUCCCCGGGGAGCACCAGGAGGAUGCUUGUGGAGAGCCACACGGGGCACUGGGAGGAAGAACUCAACUGGGAGACAAGAAGACAGCAAUGGGUGCAGGAGGAGGAGAUGUGGCUUCGGCGGCAGAAGAAGUGGGCCCUGCUGGAGCAGGAGCACCAGGAGAAGGUGCGGCAGUGGGAGGCAGAGGCCGCCGCCAGGCAGCAAUGGCAGAGGCUCACCCAGCCAGAAGAGGAGAAGCAGAGCCCCAGGAAGGAGCAGAAAGCAAGUUCAGAGAAGAGGAUCUUCACCACCACCAGUCGGUGGAAGAACUUGGAGAAGUCGGAGUCACAAACGGCGGCGCCUCCCCACUGCCGGGCCCAGUCUGCUCGUCAUCUACUCACGCCCCCGCACGCCCAGCAGCAAGGGCCAGGAAUGCAGAGGACCCCAUGUUCAGUUGAGACGCCACGGGCCCGCCAGGUUUCUGCUAAGCCCAAGAAAUGUGCCUCCUUUCCCAUCACUGGGUCAUCCAUCAGAAGGGUGACCCGAACCUCUUCGCAGAAAGCCCUGGGGACACCUAAGGACAAGGUCUACCAUUUAGACAUGGAGGCCCAGCUGAAAAACCUGCAGAUCCUGGGUAGCUCGGAAUCAGAGCUGCUACUGCCACAGUACCUGCACAGCAAGGCCUUGGAGGUCACUUCCAUGGCCAUGGAGUUGAACACCCUCAGGCUUCAGUCCCUGUGCAAGAAGUACAUCCAUUACAGGCGCUUCCAGAGCCUCCGACAAGAAGUGAUCAAACACAUAGGAGCCCUUCGACAAACAAGAGUUACCUAUAAGGCCCAGAACCUCUAUGUGUUCCUGGAGAACAUUGACCGCCUGCAGAGUCUCAGGCUGCAGGCCUGGACAGACAAGCUGAAAGACCUGGAGGAGAGGUACCAGGAGUGCCUGCACACCAUGGCGGCCAUGUUCCCUAAGCUCAAGCAAGAGUGGAACAUCCACCUGAACGUCCCCGUGCUCACCUCGGUAAAGCCACUGAAAAGCAAGUCCUCUCCGAUCUUACUUCAGAGAGUCCGUUCCAGCCACUCCACCACCAAGCAACCUCCUCCCAAGCACCGGGAAUCUGCGCCCCUUCGGAUAGCCAGCCAACAAGGAAGCCAGAUAGAAGCCAUAUGGAAGGCCGACGUGGCCUCAUCAAGUCACCCCAUAGAAAAGAAGAUCCCGACAAGCCUGUCGUGGGAACAAGUGGGGGGUCACCCUGAUAUCCCCAGGCUAUUGGCAGCGGAUGAACAUACCUCCUACCCCAGAAGCUCAGUGUCCCUCAAGCCUCGCUCUUUCAGUGCUUCAUCCAUCCAAAGAAAGGAGCCCCAGGAGCCCUCGGAGGAGCCAGCUGAGCUUGUCCGCAAAGUGUCCUGCCAGUCACUCCCCGAAUCCCUACAGAGCCAGAAGGAUCGGGUAGCCCCAGUUCCCACUCCAAACCCCAAUCUGUAACUCUCAAACGUCUGGACUACUAACAACCUCACAGCGGCUUGUUCCCAAUGCGGGAGCCCAGCCGGCGCUCUUAAGCACACACAGUUGCUGCUACGUUGUUCCGGAACUUUGGGAAACUCUAUUUUCUUCCUCCAGUCCCCAAACUAUUAGUUUGUAAUAAAAUAAAGAAUAAAGGUUGGUUU